AUGGUCGACGACGCGGCACUCGACUGGGCCGCGAUUGUCGAGCAGACACACAGUCGCCCCACGACGCCGAUCGCGACCACCAAGCCGCCGUGGGAAGUGGACGAGACGGAUGUGACGGAGUUUGGCGGAUUUCCGUUGAGCGACGAGGUGGACGUCGUGGCGUGUGAGACGUGCCAGAAACCCGUGCUUCGUGAAGCGUAUACCUAUCAUACCAAAAACUGUGCGUUGGCACGCGAUAUUGCCGAUGGACGAACGUCGCCUACGAUCCUGAAAGAUGUGCGUGGCGCGGCGGACGGCCAGGGGAUGGGCGCGGACGCGAAUGCUGCGCUGGCCCUCCGGCGCAAGAUGGGGGGUGGCAAGAAGAACCGCGGCCCGAUCAAUUUGGACCGUCAGUGUGGUGUGAUCAACAACAAGGGACUGCCAUGCUCACGCUCGCUGACGUGCAAGUCGCACAGUAUGGGCGCCAAGCGCAAUGUCCAAGGCCGGUCGAAGCCGUACGAUGAGCUGCUUUUUGAGUGGCAGAAAGCGACGAACCCUGCGUUUGUAGCGCGCCUCGAAGAGAAGGAGCGUGCGAUUGCCGCGGCGAAGGCCUCGUCGCAUGCGAAAGACAAGAAACGCAAGGCGGGCCAGGACCGACGAAGCGACGCGGCGGAGCGCGAUACCCCGUCGGCGCGGCAGGCCGCGGAAAAUGCGAUGGAUAUGUACAUGGCGCAUGCCAGCUACCAGGAUGUGGACCGCGAAAUGGCGCAGGUGUUGCAGACGAUCCACAUGGCGGCGACGCGCGAUCGCACGACGAUUCUCCCGCUCGCGACACGCAGCCUGGCGGGGCAGUACACGACACGUACCAAGCGGUUCCGUGUUUUGCGCCAGUUCCUUGCGCAAGGGCUCAGCGGCGCAGCGCAUGUCCAUGCGCUCCGCAACGAGGUGAUCGAUGGGGAGAAGGUGUAA